AGGUCAAAGCGGAAGCCACGUGGCAUCUCCCGGAAGAUCUGUGGUUCGCUUUGGGCUUUGGUGGUGAACUGAGUGAACAGCUGCAGCUACACCGAGCCUCAGGUGUGUGAGGAUGGCGGAGGAGCAUUACCUGGAGCUGAGCGAGAACCCGGUGCAGUUUGAGCAUGCGUCCAGCGUCAACAACGUUUUCUUUGACGAGGCUAACAAACAGGUGUUUGCGGUGCGCUCAGGUGGAGCCACAGGUGUGGUGGUCAAAGGCCCGGAUGACAAGAGCAGCGUCGCCUUUAGGAUGGAUGAUAAGGGUGAGGUGAAGUGCAUCAAGUUCUCCAUUGGUAACAAGAUCUUGGCUGUGCAGAGAACAUCCAAGUCUGUGGACUUCAUCAACUUCAUCCCGGAUUAUCCGCACACAGAGUUCACUCAGGAGUGUAAGACCAGGAACGCCAGCAUCCUGGGCUUCUGCUGGACCAGCUGGAACGAGAUCGUCUUCAUCACGGACCAGGGAGUGGAGUUCUACCAGGUGUUUCCUGACAAACGGAACCUGAAGCUGCUGAAGAGUCAGAGCAUCAAUGUGAACUGGUACCAGUACUGUCCAGAAACGGCCGUCAUCCUGUUGUCCACCACAGUGCAGGGGAACGUGCUGCAGCCGCUGGCCUUCAAGAACGGAAAUGUGUCCAAGAUGUCAAAGUUUGAGAUUGAGCUGCCGGUCAUCCCCAAACCCGCCAAGCUGAGCCUGUCGGAGCGAGAUGUUGCCAUGGCGACCAUUUACGGUCAGCUGUAUGUCAUGUACCUGAAGCAUCACUCCAGGACGGCCAACAGUCCCGGCGCCGAGGUGGUUCUGUACCAUUUACCCAGGGAGGGUCCGUGUAAGAAGAGUCACGUGCUGAAGCUGAACACCACGGGGAAGUUUGCUCUGAACAUCGUGGAUAACCUGGUGGUGGUUCAUCACCAGAGCUCUCAGACGUCGCUGAUCUUCGACAUCCGACUGAAGGAGCCGGACUGCUCGGUCAACACCCAGCAGCCGGUGCUGCCGGCCCGCUCCAUCCACCCGUACAGGAUCCCUCUGUCAGGCUCGGCGGUUGUCCCCUCACAGCCUCCGGUGCCGUGUCAGCUCUACUCCUCCUCCUGGAGCGUCUUUCAGCCUGACAUCAUCAUCAGCGCCAGUGAGGGUUACCUGUGGUACCUGCAGGUGAAGCUUCCUCCAACCGUCAAGCUGCUGCAGGACAAAGGGAAGCUGAUGGACUUCCUGCUGCGGCGAAGAGACUGCAAGAUGGUGAUCCUGUCCGUGUGCUCCCAGAUUCUGGAGGGCAGCGAGAAGGCGGAGCUUCCUGUGGUGGCGACUGUCUUCGACAAACUCAACCAGGUGUACAAAGAGUACCUGGAGGCGGAGCAGAGCUACGCGGCGGCCGUGGAGUCGGGCCCCAGUCGAGGUGCCGCCACCCAGAAACGGCCGGUCAGGACUCAGGCGGUCAUUGACCAAUCAGACAUGUACACCCAUGUGCUGUCAUCGUUCUCUGAGAGGAAGGGCGUGUCCCAUAAAUUCAUCAUUGCUGUGCUGAUGGAGUACAUCCGCUCCUUGAACCAGUACCAGAUCACGGUCCAGCAUUACCUGUACGAGCUGGUCAUCAAGACGCUGGUCCAGCACAACCUCUUCUACAUGCUGCACCAGUUCCUGCAGUACCACGUCCUCAACGACUCCAAGCCGCUGGCCUGCCUGCUGCUGUCUCUGGAGGGAACCUAUCCACCGGCCCACCAGCUGUCUCUGGACAUGCUGAAGCGUCUUUCCACGGCCAACGAUGAGAUCGUGGAGGUUCUGCUGUCCAAGCAGCAGGUUCUUGGAGCCCUCCGGUUCAUCCGCAGCGUCGGAGCCCACGACAAUGUGUCGGCCCGGAAGUUUCUGGAUGCGGCCCGGCAGACAGGAGACCAGAUGCUGUUCUACACCGUGUUCCGGUCCUUCCAGCAGCGGAACCAGCGACUUCGAGGAAGCCCCGCCUUUAACCCAGGAGAGCACUGUGAGGAGCACGUGACCCACUUCAAGCAGCUGUUUGGGGAGCAGGCGAUGAUGAAGGCCUCCACCGUGUGAAGCUUCAGCGCCUGGAGGUCUCUGAGGCUCCGCCCCCUCCCAAACAACAAACCUGUUCUGUUGGUUUCAGCAGAAUCUGUCCAGCUGAAGUCUCCUGGAAGAUGGGUCUGCAAGCCCCGCCCACCAGUGGUGACAUCACAGACAAGUGCACUGAUACGAUGAAGAUGGUUCUGUUGGUCCAAAGUGUUGAUUUUGUAAAAUAAAGAGAUGUUUUUUUAAUGAACUGCUUUCAGAAACUGCAAACACAAACUUCCUGAUUAAAUGAUUAAAUCUCUUCCUUAAGAAA